AUGAUAAACAUAGCCGGUGUUGUGAGCAUAGUGCUCUUCUAUUUACUAAUUUUGGGAGUCGGUAUUUGGGCAGCCCGGAAAAAAGAGUCUGGAAAUGACUCCGAAGAAGAAGUUAUGUUGGCUGGGAGAAGCAUUGGGCUUUUUGUUGGCAUAUUUACAAUGACAGCUACCUGGGUCGGAGGUGGAUACAUAAAUGGAACGGCGGAGGCAAUAUACACAUCUGGUCUGGUAUGGUGCCAAGCACCAUUUGGAUACGCUCUUAGUUUGGUUUUUGGUGGGAUAUUUUUCGCGAACGAGAUGCGCAAACAGGGCUACGUUACGAUGCUGGACCCGUUGCAGGACAGCUUCGGGGAACGCAUGGGCGGCCUGCUCUUCUUGCCGGCGCUUUGUGGAGAAGUUUUCUGGGCAGCCGGAAUAUUGGCCGCAUUGGGAGCAACACUUUCCGUCAUCAUCGACAUGGACCACAGGACUAGUGUAAUUCUAAGCGCGUGUAUAGCAGUUUUCUACACUUUGUUCGGCGGUCUUUAUUCCGUAGCUUAUACGGAUGUCAUCCAAUUAUUCUGCAUUUUUAUCGGCCUUUGGAUGUGCAUACCGUUUGCUUGGACCAACGAGCAUGUCAUGUCACUCAGUUCAAUGGAAGUUGAUUGGAUUGGUGUGGUUCCUCCUGAAGAAUACUGGUAUUAUAUCGAUUAUGGUCUGUUGUUGGUAUUCGGUGGCAUUCCUUGGCAGGUAUAUUUCCAACGAGUAUUGUCGAGCAAAACAGCUGGCAGAGCACAAAUCCUUUCAUACGUCGCAGCGUUCGGGUGCAUCUUGAUGGCGAUACCACCAGUUCUUAUUGGAGCUAUAGCCAAAGCAACAGUAUGGAACGAAACUGAGUACACCGGUCCAUAUCCUCUAACUCAAGAUGAAAGCAGUAUGAUCUUGCCAAUGGUAUUGCAAUAUUUAACUCCAGACUUUGUAUCAUUCUUCGGCCUUGGCGCAGUGUCUGCGGCCGUAAUGUCAUCCGCGGAUUCAUCUGUUCUUUCAGCAAGCUCUAUGUUUGCAAGAAAUGUCUACAAGCUGAUUUUCAGGCAGAGGGCUUCGGAAAUGGAAAUCAUAUGGGUCAUGCGUAUAGCCAUUGGUAUUGUAGGAGUAUUGUCCACUGUUAUGGCGCUCACUAUACCGUCUAUUUAUGGUUUAUGGUCCAUGUGUUCAGAUUUAGUUUACGUGAUCCUAUUCCCGCAACUUUUGAUGGUCGUGCAUUUCAAACAUCAUUGCAAUACAUACGGUAGUUUGGCAGCCUAUAUAGUCGCGUUCUUCGUACGGAUGUCUGGAGGAGAGCCGAUGUUGGGUUUGCCGGCGGCUAUCCACUACCCAGGCUGGGACGGAGAAAAACAAUUAUUUCCAUUCCGAACCAUGGCUAUGCUCAUGUCACUAUUCACAUUGGCUUCGGUCUCAUUCCUAACCAAAUGGUUAUUCGAAAGUGGCCGUCUUGCUCCGCAAUACGACUAUUUCCGAUGCGUCGUUAAUAUUCCUGAAGACGUCGAGCGUGUCGGUGAUCCAGCCGAAGAUGGAGAACAAAUGUCUGUGAUGGCAUCAGGAGCAAUGGGAGCAAUGUAUGGUGCCGCUACAAUGGUUGGCAAAGAUGAAAUGAACGGCAGAAUAAAUCCUGCACUAGAACCUGAUGACGAUAUGGACGCAGAGCAUGUGCAGCAAUUGCGCCAAUUGUGUGCAGGAGGCUCGAAGCAGGAUUCGGCCAGGCCUGCACCCAAGCAAGUACAAACCGCAUUUUAA